AUGGUGGAAAAAUACACCACACUACUCGAUGAUGUUUGCGAUCCACUCACAGUGCGGAAAUUUACCGAAAUGUCUUCAUUAUCCAGAAAGGAAGCAAUAAGUGUUCUAGAAAAGUACAUAGAGGCAAAAGGAGAUCCAGUGUGGGCUCUCUAUGAAAUAACUGGAAUUGUUGAUUCAUCGGAGUAUUCUUUCCUUCCAGCAGGAGAAAAAAUGAUAAAGCACGUCGUUGUUCCCGGAUCCGCUUUAGAAGAGACGAAGAAAACAUUCUCUGAAGUUAUUUCCACAUGCCUACAUAGUGUGCAACGUACUAACCCUAACAAUACCCGCGUCUAUGGCCGUUCAUGGGCUAAUAAUGAUGAUCUGAAAGGGAAAACGUUGCCAUCUCAGGAAAUUCGGCUGAGAAAGUCUGUUUCUCCUGCAAAAGACUUGAAAAAAGAAAAAAGUGCAGAGCCCGAGCAGAAACUUAGCAGCUCUUCUGCUUCCAAACCAGUUGCCGAAGCAAAGAAAAGUACUAUUGUCCCACUGAAAAAACAAGCAAAUAUCAGUAGCAUGUUUGCCAAAAAGCCUGAGAAGAAAACUGAAAAAGCUGAAAAAUCAGUAUCUCCUCCACCCAAAGAAGAAGAAAAGAAAACUCGAAAGCGCCCGAAGAUAGAAGUUGAUGAACCAGAAGAACCAGAGGAAGAGCUUGAGAUUGUGAAUAAAAAAGAUAAGACUCCUGUAAAGAAGGUGCAUGACAGUGAUGAAUUCCCGUCAUCAAGAGAGCAAAGUGUCGAGAAAGAGAAAUCACCACCCGCUAAACGCCAGAAGAAGGGGGUGAACGAUGAGAAUAAGAAGGCGAAAAAACGAUUGAUUGUACCAGAUUCAGAUGAUGAGGAGGUUCAAGAACGAAUGGAUGUCGAAGAAAAGAAGGUGAAGAUAGACGAGAAGCCGAAGAAACCAGAAGAUAGACGUAGGACGACACGAAUUGAAAAAGUCGUGGAGACUUUUGUUGAUGAAGAUGGUUAUUUGGUGUCGAAGGAAAUCCAAAAAACUGUCGAAUGUUCACCACAAAAAUCGCCGGAAAAAGUCAAAGCGAAAGUUAUCAGUGCUCCCGUACCUGGUGCCGCCAAAGUUCCGAAGAAGAACUCUACGAUUACUUCGUUUUUCAAAAAAGCCUGA